AGGUUUCCGUGACAACUGCAAGCUGGCUGCAACGAAGCCGCCCACGUAGGCCUCCCCGGCCUGCUGGAGGAGAGGGGAUCCCCCAGGGUAAAGGCGGCUACACCCGGAGAGCCCGGAAACCGGAAGCGCAGAUCCUGCCGGCUCUGGACUAGCCGCUCAGCACCAGGGCGGAAGGAAGACGAGGCGAGGCAAGCGCCAAGCUUCCAUCCGGACUUCAAGGCCAGUGGCUGGGUCUGGUUUUCUCAACACGGCCUCCUAGUCUCCUUCCCGCUUGGGCAUCUGUUUUUCUUAUAUAGACCCUGGAGCCGCCCGUGAUGUUCUGUAAGCAGGUUCCGCUUCAGAAUCAGAGGUACUUAAGAGGGAACCUGGAUGCUAGACCUGCCCUUGCUGCUGGCCUCAGUUUCUUUACCUGUAAAACAGGGAUUUUGGAACUGUUAAAUUAAAUCAAACUUAAAAGAAUUACAACUUAAAGCUGCUGGAACUUUACAUGAUCCCGAGCCUUGAGAGGAAUGUGGCUAUGCAGCCUGAGUCAUGUGGCAUGCAGAUGCAACCUCUGCCUUUUUCCGCUGUAAAUAAUUGAGAAGACCAAGUAGCAUCCAAGAGUCACCUAAGCUGAAGAUUCCCUUGAGAACAAGUACUGUCCUGUGGUUUCAUGGCCUUUCUUCCAUUUGUGGUUCUUGCAAAGUGGAAUUUAAAUGACAUCUUAUCAAGAUGGAUAAACCCUAGUUUCCCAGUGCUGGAAUAUAGAAAAUGGAUAGACAAUACAGACAGGGUUUCACCAUGUUGAUCAGGCUGGUCUCGAACUCCUCACCUCGUGAUCUACCCACCUCAGCCUCCCAAAAAUGUCUUUUUGUCACUUCCGGCUGGAUCUACCAUGAAAGAUUUCUGAAUCCAGGAAGAGAGAUUGACUGGGCAACAUGUUAUUCAGAAACAGGACCUUGCCCUGUCACUCAGGAUGGAGUUCAGUGGUCCAAUCAUGGCUCAUUGUAGCCUCAAACUCCCAGGCUCAAGCAAUCCUACCACGUCAGUCUUCCCAGUAGCUGACAGGGUCUCACUCUGUCGCCCAGGCUGGAGUGCAGUGGUAUGAUCUUGGCUCACUGUAGUGUAGACUUCCCAGCCUCAAGGGAUCCUCCCACCCCAGACUCCCAAGUAGCUGGAAUUACAGGUCUCACGCUGUCACUCAGGCUGCAGUACAGUGGCACAACCUCUGCUCACUGCAGCCUUUACCUGCCAGGCUCAAGCAAUUCUCCUGAGUUAGCCUGCCGAGUAGCUGGGAUUACAGUUGAAGCAUAUGUCCUGCGAGCUUAGGGGUACUACAAGUUGACCACUGCAGCAGUAAAGAUGAUUCUGAAGAAUGGCAUGGGAUGGAUCCUUUCGAAUGCACUUGAGCAGCAGUCUCCAACCACAGGGCCACAGAGCUGGAGCUGGAUCUACCAUGAAAGACUUCUGAAUCCAGGAAGAGAGACUGACUGGGCAACAUGUUAUUCAGGAGAUGGGGUCUCACCCUGUCACCCAGGCUUGAGUACAGUAGUGCUAUCACUGCUCACUGCAGCCUUGAACUCCUGGGCUAAGGAUCCUCCUACCUGAGCCUCCUGAGUAGCUGGGACUGUAGGGUCUCCCUCUCUUGUCCAAGGCUGGAGUGUAGUAGUGCUAUCGCAGCUGACUGCAGCCUCAACCUUCCAGGCUGAAGCGAUCCUCCCAUCUCAACCUCCCACGUGGCUGAGACUACAGGUGCUUGCCACUAUGCCCAACUAAUAUUUGGAAUUUUUGUAUACGUGGAUUCCAGAGGGGUGACAGCGAAACGUGGGACCAUCCAGUUGCAGGAAAACAAGCUUAACAUGCCCACUGAUUCUACAUUAUGCCCCUACCUCCCGGCAGCCUCUCCAGGCCCAGAACUUUCUCCAGUCAGCCUCUACAGACCAAGCUCAUGACUCACAAUGGCCUAUUUAGGCCCAUACCCUAUGUCACGGCAGUCUCCGCAGAUGAUCCUACUGCCUCACAGCAGCCUCCACAGGCACAGCUCCAUCGUUAGAAUGGCCUCUUUAGACCCAGCUCCUGCCUCCCAGCCUUCUCUCCAGGCCCUGAACUUUCUCAGGUCUCCCUCUCUUGUCCAAGGCUGGAGUGUAGUAGUGCUAUCACAGCUGACUGCAGCCUCAACCUUCCAGGCUGAAGCGAUCCUCCCAUCUCAACCUCCCACGUGGCUGAGACUACAGGUGCUUGCCACUAUGCCCAACUAAUAUUUGGAAUUUUCGUAUACGUGGAUUCCAGAGGGGUGAUAGUGAAACGUGGGACCAUCCAGUUGCAGGAAAACAAGCUUAACAUGCCCACUGAUUCUACAUUAUGCCCCUACCUCCCGGCAGCCUCUCCAGGCCCAGAACUUUCUCCAGUCAGCCUCUACAGACCAAGCUCAUGACUCACAAUGGCCUAUUUAGGCCCAUACCCUAUGUCACGGCAGUCUCCGCAGAUGAUCCUACUGCCUCACAGCAGCCUCCACAGGCACAGCUCCAUCGUUAGAAUGGCCUCUUUAGACCCAGCUCCUGCCUCCCAGCCUUCUCUCCAGGCCCUGAACUUUCUCAGUGGGACCAUCCAGUUGCAGGAAAACAAGCUUAACACGCCCACUGAUUCUACAUUAUGCUCCUACCUCUCGGCAGCCUCUCCAGGCCCAGAACUUUCUCCAGUCAGCCUCUACAGACCAAGCUCAUGACUCAUAAUGGCCUAUUUAGGCCCAUACCCUACCUCACGGCAGUCUCCGCAGAUGAGCCUACUGCCUCACAACAGCCUCCACAGGCACAGCUCCACCGUUACAAUGGCCUCUUUAGACCCAGCUCCUGCCUCCCAGCCUUCACUCCAGGCCCUGAGCUUUCUCAAGUCGACCUCACCAGGCCCAGCUCAUGCUUCUUUGCAGCCUCUCCAGGCCCAGCUCCUGCAUCUUGGUGGCCCCUCCAGGCCCAGCCUCUGCCUCCCGUUGGCCUUUACAGUCCCAACAUCUGCCUCACAGCAGAUUCUUCAGGCCCAGCAUCUGCCUUACUGUGGACCCCCCAAGCCAAGCUCCCAACCUUUCAGCAGCUUCUACACACCCAGCUCCUGCCACCCAGUGGCCUCUUUAGGCCAAGGUCAUGCUUCACAAGGGCCUUUCCAGGCCCAACUUUUAUCUCAUGGCAACCUUCCCUGGCCAGAUUCCUGCCUUUCUCCCAGCAGCCUAGACAGGCCCAGGUCUUGCCUCACACUGGCCUCUCUACAUCCAUCUCAUGCCUCAUGGUGGCCUCUCCAGGCCCAACUCCUGUCCCAGGACAUCAUUUCCGGGCCCAAAACUUACUCAAGUCAGACUCUCUAGUCCCAACUGCUGCCUCCUGGUGGCCUAUGAAGGCCCAAAAUCUCCUCAAGUUGACCUCUCCAGGCCCAGCUCCUGCCUCACAAUUGCCUUUGUAGGCCAAGAUCAUGCCGCGAAGUGGCCUUUCCUAGCCUAACUUUUGCUUUUUGACGCAUACUCCAGUCCCAAAAGUUCCUCCAGUCAGCCGGUCCAGGCCAAGCUCUUCCUCCCAAAGGCUUCUGCAGGCCAAAAUCGUCCUGAAGUCACCCUCUGCAGGCCCAGCUCCUGCCUCCAAGUGCUGUGUAGGCCAAGCUAAUGCCUCACAGCACACUUUCCAGGCUGAGCGUUUCCUUUUGUGCAUCCUCUCCAAGCCCUGAACUUACUCCAGUCGGCCUCUCCAGGCCCAGCUCUUCCUCUCGGCGGCCUCUGCAGGCCCAGACUGUCAUCAAGUCGGCCUGUCCAGGGCCAGCUCCUGCCUCCCGGCGGCUUCUGCAGGCCCAAGUCGUCCUCAAGUCGGCCUCCCCAGGCCCAGCUCCGGCCUCUCGGCGGCCUCUCCGGGUGCAAAAGUUCCUUGAGUCAGCCUCUCCAGGCCCAGCUCCUCCUGCCUCCCAGUGGCCUCUUUCGGCCCAGCCCAGCUCAUGCCUCCCGGCGGCCUUCCCAGGCCCCGCUUUGGACUUUUGGUGGCCUCUGCAGGCCUCGACAAGGCCCGGCCUCCUGCCUCCCGAAGACCUGCACAGGCCCAGCCUCUGCCUCACAGCGGACUCUCCACACCCAGCUAGCUCUCGCCUCACUGCAGCCUCCCGAGUCCAAAGCUCCUGCCUCUCGGCCGCUUCGGCAGGCCCAGCUCCCACCUGCCAGUGGCCUCUUCAGGCCCAUGGGGCUCAUUCCUCACAACAGCCUUUCCAGGCCCAGUUUUUCCCUUCCAGCAGCCUCUCUGGGCCGAGAACCUCCUCAAGUCGGCCUCUCCAGACCCACUUGCACCCUCCGGGCAUCCUCUCCGGGCCAAGCUCCUCUUCCUGGCUGCAUCUCCAGGCCUGACUCCUGCCUCUCAACAACCUCUUUGGACUCAGUGCCUACCCAUCUCCUGGCGGCCUUGGCCCACAGCUUCCUCAAGCCAAGCUCCCCAGGCCCAGGUCAGGCCUCAAGGUGGCCUCUCCAGGAUGAGCUCCUGCCCUCCGAUGGCAUCUGCAGGCCCCAAAUGGUCUCCGGUCGGUGGGCUCCUCCACACCAAGCUUGGGCCUCCCGGCGACCUCUGCAGGCCCAAGUUGUCCUGAAGUCGGCAUCUCCCGGCCCUGCCUCCCAGCAAGUAAGCAAGCUCUUUUGGCUCAACUCCUGCCCAGCUCCCAACCGCCUUUGUAGGCCCCGAACUUUCUCCAGCCAAGUUCUUCGGGCCUAAUUCCUGCCACCCGGUGGCUUGUACAGGCCCAGCAAUGGUUGGAGAACAGCCUCUGCAGGCCCCGCUCUUGCCUCCCAGGGGCCUCUCCAGGCCCAGCUCUUGCCCCCACGGCGGCCUCCCGGGGCCAAGUCCCUGCCUGCCUCCCAGCAGCCCGCGUGCAGCCCAGCUCCUCCCUCACGGUGGCCUGUUGAUGCCCAUGCCUCUGGUACCCUGCCCAGAGGCAUGAGCCCCUGCCACACACUGGCUCCUCCCACUCUGAGAGAGGUCAGUGUGAGCCCCUUGCCUCACACCGGCCCCUCCCAUGCUGAGAGACGUCAGCGUGAGCCCCUUGCCUCACACCGGCCCCUCCCACGCUGAGAGAGGUCAGCAUGAGCCCCUUGCCUCACACCGGCCCCUCCCACGCUGAGAGAGGUCAGUGUGAGCCCUUGCCUCACACCGACCCCUCCCAUGCUGAGAGGUGUCAGCGUGAGCCCCUUGCCUCACACGGGUCCCUCCCACUCUGACAGAGGUCAGCGUGAGCCCCUUGCCUCACACCGGCCCCUCCCACGCUGACAGAGGUCAGCGGGAGCCCCUUGCCUCACACCGACCCCUCCCACGCUGACAGAGGUCAGCGUGAGCCCCUUGCCUCACACCGGCCCCUCCCACGCUGAGAGAGGUCAGCAUGAGCCCCUUGCCUCACACCGGCCCCUCCCACGCUGAGAGAGGUCAGCGUGAGCCCUUGCCUCACACCGGCCCCUCCCACGCUGAGAGGUGUCAGCGUGAGCCCCUUGCCUCACACGGGCCCCUCCCAGGCUGACAGAGGUCAGCGUGAGCCCCUUGCCUCACACCGGCCCCACCCUCGCUGACAGAGGUCAGCCUGAGCCCCUUGCCUCACACCGGCCCCUCCCACACUGAGAGAGGUCAGCCUGAGCCCCUUGCCUCACACCGGCCCCUCCCUCACUGAGAGAGGUCAGCCUGAGCCCCUUGCCUCACACCGGCCCCACCCUCGCUGACAGAGGUCAGCCUGAGCCCCUUGCCUCACACCGGCCCCUCCCUCACUGACAGAGGUCAGCCUGAGCCCCUUGCCUCACACCGGCCCCUCCCACACUGACAGAGGUCAGCCUGAGCCCCUUGCCUCACACCGGCCCCUCCCAGGCUGACAGAGGUCAGCGGGAGCCCCUAGCCUCACACCGGCCCCUCCCACGCUGACAGAGGUCAGCGGGAGCCCUUAGCCUCACACCGGCCCCUCCCACGCUGACAGAGGUCAGCCUGAGCCCCUUGCCUCACACCGGCCCCUCCCUCGCUGACAGAGGUCAGCCUGAGCCCCUAGCCUCACACCGGCCCCUCCCACGCUGACAGAGGUCAGUGGGAGCCCCUAGCCUCACACCGGCCCCUCCCACGCUGACAGAGGUCAGCCUGAGCCCCUGCCUCAACAGGCCACCGUGAGGGAGGAGCAGGGUCGCACGCGGGCUGCUGGGAGGCAGGCAGGGACUUGGGCCUUGGAGGUCACGAUGGGGCAAGAGCUGGGCCUGGAGACACCCCUGGGAGGCAACAGCGGGGCCUACAGACUCUCUUCUCCAGCCGGAGCUGGGACUGUUCAGGUACUGGGAGGUGGGAUGUGGGUCUGAAGAGCUUGGUUGCAGAAACUUCGGGGUCUACAAACGCCGGCGGGAGCUGAGCCAAAAAAGCUUGUUUGCUGGGAGGCGGGAGAUGCAGCCAGGAGAAACAGCUGGGCCUGCAGAGGCCGCCAUGCAGGAGGCAGAGGCCGGGCCUCCUCAAGUCAGCCUCUCCAGACCCACUUGCAGCCUCCCGGCAUCCUCUCCGGGCCCAGCUCUUCCUCCCGGCUGAGUCUCGAGGCCCGACUCUGGCCUCCCAACAACGUCUUUGGACUCAGCUCCUGCCCAGCUCCCAGUGGCCCUGGUAGGCCCACAACUUCCCGAAGCCAAGCUCCCCAGGCCCAGCUCAGGCCUCACGGUGGCCUCUCCAGGCUCAGCUCCUGCCCUCCGAUGGCAUCUGCAGGCCCCAAAUGGCCUCCGGUCGGUGGGCUCCUCUAGGCCCAGCUUGGGCCUCCCGGCGGCCUCUGUAGGCCCAAAUCGUCCCGAAGUCGGCCUCUCCAGGCCCAGCUCUGGCCUCCCAGCAGCCUCUGCAGGCCCAAGUCAUCCUCAAGUCGGCCUGGAAGAGCUGCAAGUCGGCCUCCCCGGGCCCAGCUCCAUCCUCUCGGUGGCCUCUCCAGGUGCAAAACUUCCUCGAGUCAGCCUCUCCAGGCCCAGCUCCUCCUGCUUCCCAGUGGCGUCUUUCAGCCCAGCCCAGCUCAUGGCUCUCGGCGGCCUUCCCAGGCCCCGCUUUUGACUUUUGGUGGCCUCUUCAGGCCCAGAACUUGACCUCCAGUCGGCCUUUGCAGGCCCGGCCUCCUGCUUCUCGAAGGCCUGCACGGGCCGGGCCUCAGCCUCACAGCAGACUCUCCACGCCCAGCUAGCUCUCGCCUCACUGUGGCCUCCCCAGUCCAAAGCUCCUGCCUUUCAGCCACUUUGGCAGGUCCAGCUCCUGCCUGCCAGUGGCCUCUUUAGGCCCAGCUCAUUCCUCACGUCGGCCUCUCCAGGCCCCGUUUUUCCCUUCCGGCAGCCUCUUGGCCUCUAAUUUGUUUAUCUUUUGUGUAUAAAUCCCAAAAUACUGAAUUUUGGAAUAUUUCCACCAUUAUGUAAAUAUUUUGGUAGGUAAUUUAUUUGGAGUGAGUUUCUGCA